AUGCAUGUUUUGGCAACUAUGAAUUCUCUCAUAUCUGCUCACAACUUAAGUCUUGAUCUUGAGGAUGUUUUUGCACAACGGUGUUUUCUGUCCUUUGUUGUUGGUUAUUAUGUGAUGGCAUUUGGUUAUUAUGUGAUGGAAUGCCAGUAUUUGCACCAAUGUGUUGACAGAACAAUUUUAUAUAGAUGUUCUGUAGGAAUGUACAUAACUACAAUGGCUGAGACAGUCAAUACUUCUGGUGAAUCUGAUAACUAUAGAUCCCCACUCACAAGGUUUGAUGUUAACUUUCCCUUUGAGGCUAGAGCUCACUGGCCAACUAAUGUUAAACCUGAACCUCAAGGAGCAAAGUGGGAAUCCUUUGAAGUAGUAUUUUUACUUACUCGACUCUUUUUAUUGGGACGUUCCUAUAAAAGUGAAUUUGAUAAUUUCAUUUCCCUUGCUGGCUUCCUAUUUGAUUAUGUUUUCGAUUGGAUUAUUUUGAAGUAUCAACAAUCACUGAAGGGUGCUCCUCCUUCCAGGACUCUUAUAAGUGAUAUAACAAUGACAUUUUCUUCUGGCCAAAUUCCUGGUACAAGCUCGGGACUACCCCCUGCAACCCCCAAUGCUGAACGGCAGCCUGGCGACGAAGAGGGGAGAAAUUCUGGACAACUUAUUAAUGCUGGAAGUUUGUCCAAGCAGAAGAUUCGCGGUGCAAAUGAUUCAACCAGCAGAGAUGCUGUGAUUCCAUAUCAUAAUUGGUCCCCGACAGGGAGUUUCAGAGAGAAUUAUCGUAAGAUUUCUUGA